GGCUACGUUUUGCGACUUUGCCUCUUUCCCCGUCCUGACCAUCGCAGGACUGUUGUGUCUGCCCGGAGCACUACAGUCGGCCAGUCACCUCCUUAUCUCUCCUACCGGUGCACCCGUUGUGUAAGCCCCCAUCAGCCUGCCCUACCCGUAAAGGAAUUGCGAAAGGAGAAACUCGCGGUGCAAGUGCGAGUGCGGCACUGUCCAGAGCCAUGGCUGGAUUCCAUGAUAUCAGCUUCGACCUUCUCUACGUCAUCUUUUCCGAGAUCCAAUCCGAGAAGGGCCAGCUCUUCAACCUGACACUCACAUGCCGCUCAUUCCGUGAGGUGGCUCAGCGAUUACUGGACCGAAAUGCUACGAUAUCCAAACCUGAAGGCCUCGAUCUCUUCCUCCGUACUUUGGCGGUCCGGCCUGAGCUCGGGCACCGCGUGCAUCGACUGGACCUCGACCUGCUUCUCAGAGAUAUCCAACCGCACAAAAAGCAAAGCAGAAUUCCUGAGAUUAUUGGCUUGCUACCCAACCUACGCCAGUUCAGUUAUCAGUCACGUGACUACAAGCUCUGGCAGUGGGGUAUCCCAUUUCCAUUCAAAUCCCUCAGGCUCAAUACGUAUGAAGAGCUCCGCAAAGUCGAAUGGCACCACAAUGUGACUCCCGAUGAACUACUGCUGUGCAUGCGUCUACCACGAAUAGAAAGCAUAUACUUUCGUGGACUGCGCGCCGAUUCCUUAGCGUCGAAACGUUUCUCGGUUCCAGGAUGGACGUUUGGCAACUCCUCAGUCGUGGAGCUUCGGAUGGGGCCUAACUCAGACCUUCCGAUGGAGACUUUUCGGACGCUUAUGCAAGUGCCACGAUCCUUGCGCAAACUAGCCCUCAAUAUACAGGACCAAUACGUCCAGCAUGGACUACACGUGGAAGCGCAUCGCAUUGCUUGGAUGUUGGAGCCGAUUCAGGAAACCCUUGAAGAGCUCGACAUCCCCGCGCUGCAAGGGCACAUGAAACCUUCAGAACAGCCAGCAGACCUGUCGGCAUUCUGCUCCCUGAGGAAGCUUUCCAUCCCUCUUCGUUACCUCUUCACGCAUGGCCCUCAGACGCCAUACUCCCUAUCUGAACUUUUACCGUCUUCUUUGAAGGAGCUAAGGAUAUCUUUUGUCUCAAACAACUGGAGCACGCCUGAGACUAUACAAAACUUUCAAGCCUUGAACAACUGGCUUAGAGAUGCUCCUGAAUCGGACGGAGCACAAUCGCGACUGCCGAAUCUGGCUUGUGUUACGCUCGAAGCGUCAACAUUCACUUAUCCUUAUGGCGAUCUGAACAAGAAUCUUGUCCAUGAGAUGGUGAAUAACUGGGGAUUAUCUGAGGAGGGCGGCGCCAGAAGACUCGAGUUGCGACAUACAGGAGGAGGGCCUUGACAUGGUCCGAGGAUUCCAGACCGUACCGUCCAGAAGCGACGCAUACACACAACCUCACCACUCAUGGAUGACACAAAAACCCCUGCCUCACAAACAAACAAGUCCCCGCCAUGUUGCAAUGCCCAUAAAACGGCCUCGUCAUCCCACUCCCAUACAAAACCCCCGCGUACCAAAACUGAAACCUCAUCACAUUC